AUAACUAUUUAUACUUAUUCUGUUUCCUUUUACGAAAUAUGUACCUAUAGCUAUAUAUGUAUAUGUAUAUUUAUAUAUAGAUAACACAAAUGUCAGCUCAGAUGAAUAUACUAUGUGAUGUAUAAAGAUCAAAAUUACUCAAAUAUUGUAUUCAGAUUGCUAUUCUCUUAAAUAUAAUGUAAAUUAAAGUAUAAAUAAGAUACAGAAAUUGUCUCUAAAUUUGUUAAGUGAUUUGAUUCGGAAGGAAUAUAUACCGUUUAACGUACAUUCACUCAUAAAAUAGUAGUAUUUUAGGUUACUAUGGCACAAUCAACAGCUAGUGGGACGUCUUCUCGACGAUAUAUGAGAGAACACGAUGUUAAUGUACCAUCUUCAUCACGCUAUGUGGAUAGUGAAUGGGAAACUAAAGAAGCUUUAAGACAAAGAGAACUUGAGGAAGCAAGAGCACGAGCUGCACAAAUGGAAAAAACAAUGAGGUGGUGGUCAGAUUGUACCGCUAACUGGCGAGAAAAGUGGAGCAAAGUACGUAAUGAAAGGAAUAUGGCAAGAGAAGAAGCAAAGACGCUUAGAUCAAAAUUAGAAAUUGCUGUAAAGGAUGCAAAUAGUUAUAAACACGAAUGCCAGGAACUUGAAUUACAAAAUGAACAAUUAAAAAAAGAAAUGGAAAAAAUACAUAUGGUAUUGCUAAAACACGCUGGCCAAUUUGAUCAACAAAUUUUUACAGUUUUAGAAUCAGAUCCACAAUUAAGAAAUACAUUAGGUAUAGAUGAAUUAUUGAAGUUUUACAAUAAUGUGGAACAAAGUGAAAGUGUAAAUUCUCAGAAAGAUUUACUUACUUGUAAAGUUCUUGAUGACUCUAAUGUUUGCUUAGGAAGUCAUAGUAUCUUGCCAGAUAGAGAUAUUGAAGAAUAUGUAUUACAAGGUGCAGUGCCAAAACAUGCUGUAGAAUUAUAUAAAGAGAGUCCUCUUAAUUCAUUAGAUAAAGAUAUUGCAAGAUUAGUUGCAGAUUCUAAUUCAGUAGAAGAUAAUGUAGAGAAAAAUUCGUCUUCAUUACAAACACGUACAGAUGAUUCAUAUGUACAAAAAAUAAUUUUACUCCAACAUAAAUUGGAUGAAGCUACAAAAACUAUUUCUACUGAAAGAGAAGAAAAAAAUUCUUUACAUCGUGGUAUGGAAAAAUUGAAAGCAGAAAUAAUACAAUUAAGAAAACAGUGUGAAGAAUUAGAAGAAAGCAAAGCUGAUGUUACAAGAGAAUUACUUGAAUUGAAAGAUCGGUUUCAAAUUAAGCUUAGCGAUGUACAAGCUGGUAUAAUUGAUGAAGCUUCCAGUAGAGAAGGAAUGAAUCGUCGUCUGUGUGAACUUAGGGCUGAGUUAGAGAAACUUCAAGCAGAAAAUGCAGCCGAAUGGGGAAAACGAGAACGUUUGGAAACAGAAAAAAUUUCUUUAGAACGUGAAAAUAAGCAACUUCGUAAUGAAUUAAAUGAUUUACAAGAAAGGAUAGAAUCUCGACGAUCACGUCCAGUUUCCACAUCAGACAGUGAUACAAGACAAUUGCAACAAGAAUUUUUAGUUAGGAAUGUGACAAUAUUGAAAAAAUCUCUGGAAGAAAAAACAACAGAACUUUCACAUGCUAUGAGAAGAUCAGAGCAAUAUGAAGCAGAAGUAAAGAGAGUUAGAGCGAGAGUAGAGGAAUUGAAAAAAGAAUUAGCUGCAGUUCAAGAUGAAGUGGAUGCUGCAACUAACAGUGUUCGUAAAUUGCAACGAGCAAAUGAGGAUCUCUUAGAACAGUUAGAAUCAGCUAAUGUACAAUUGGAACAUUUUCGAAAUAGUACUGAUACCUACUCGGUAGAUGUAGGAAUAGGAGAAAAUCUUGAAGAAAAAUUACAUAUAACCAAUGAUGGCAAAUUAACGAAUGAAUAUGAGCCACAGGAAGCCUAGUAUUCACUCAUUUUAAUAAUAAUAUUAAAUUAAUUCGAGCAAUGAUAAAUGUGAAACUUGGAAUGUGAAAAGCAAUUUUUUCCAUAUUUUCCAAAAUGUAUACACCAGUCGAUGUAGUAAUACUUUUGAAUUAUCAUAACCCUGUUAAAUAUAUAAGAACUUAUUUAUUUAAUAACUGAACUGAAAUAAUGAAAUAUUAUUGUUUAUUUCAGUAUUGUAUUAUUGUUUAAAUUAGACUAUUUUUUCAAGUUUGUA